AUGGAUGGGACGGGCGAGGGCGAGUCCUUCGAUGCGCCGCCAAGUGUGGCAUCUGAGACCGUUGGAUCAGACAGGUCGAGCCCAUCCACCAGCACCAGCCGCGCAGACAUCUAUACGGACGGCUCCAUACGCCGGGUUUGCCUUUUGCCAUCGUCGCCUCUGCCCAUCGGAAAUGAACGGGCGGGACGAACCUUUGCUGUAACAGGUAAGGCUGAGCAGGCGGAGCUAUUCCAUGUGAACGUACGGAGUACAGAAUCGGCUGUGGAGCGCGGUAGGGGAGGCCGCUUACGGUGGGUGUGUGGGCGAAACACUCCAUGCCAACCAGUUGCAACACACCCUGUCCCAACCCUGCUUACUCCUGCUUUUGCCAUCCCCUCCUCCGAGGCUAGAACUUGGGGAGAACAGGGCAGAGCAUGCCAGGAAAUGAUAGGUAGACGAGUCGUGGAGUCAGUCAAGGGCUGUCAGGGCAGAGGUAAAAGCAAGGCAGAUACGGCUAGGGGAGCGUGUAAAAAUAUGGGUAUGGGUAUGGGUAUGGAUAUGGAUAUGGAUAUUACAUCUGGCGGGGAAUCAAAGUAA